AAAGCUUUCCGACUAUUUUGGUCUCUGAAGUUACAACACAAACACAGCCGCGAAAGGUUUGUGUCUGUAGCACUUGAAUCCUUGUCCUGUCAAUUUUCUCUUUUUGGGUACAAUUAAUCCUCACAAUAUGAUGGUCUUCUCUUGUUCCUUUUGAUUUUAAAAUUAAUUUUAUUGCCUGAGACUUUUUGUGCUGUGCUUGUGGAUUGUGGUUUAUGUUUGCGUAUUGUGGAAUGUAGAUAUAUUGAUUUCAGUUUAGUUACGAUUCUCUUUAAUGCAAUCGUUAUUGAGGUUAUUUACUGUCAAAUUUUGUUUCGUCUCUUUUAUUUUUUGGGGAUGUUCUGGCGUGUUUUUGGGGCUGUUUUCAGGGCCUUGUUUGAACAAAAUUGAACUAGUUCUGACGUUGAGGUCAACGCAUAAAUGCGUAGAUACGUGCAUUAAUGUGUUUUUUUUUUGUCUGAUAUGAGGGAUUUAUUUUAAAAUCUCUUGCGGAUUUCUUCUUUGAACAUAUUUUAAGCACCAAACUGAGGAUCAGUUAUAUGUCUCAUGUUUUUUUUUCUUUAUUGAGCAAAAAUUUCUCCAAUUUUUGGCUUAAUAUUUUUCAAUCCUAGUGAACUGAGAAAGUCAACCUACCCAAUAGCUCAGGUACCUUCCACUUCAGUUUUCCCAAACGCUGUGAUACCCGCAUUUCUUGUGUUGCUUGAGUGUCAUUUCAUAGGUUUUGAAAUCUUCUCCAUCCUUUCUUUUUAGUUAUUUUUACAUGGAAAAUAACUCAUAAGCUCUCAUAUUUGCAUUUAUUAUAUAUAUAUAUAAUGGCUUUAGCGUUGAUAUUUACUGUUAUUGUAAUUUUUACCUUAUCGAAAGCUGGAUAUAGAAACCUUUAUUCCUUGGACUCCUUAAAACUUGUAGUGCAGCUUCUGCUCCUUCAAGUUAAGAUUCUUUGUGUGUUCUUAAAUGGUUUCAUAAUUUUACCUUUCGGUGUCCAGUUCUUCACUUACUUUGGGCAUGUAACAAUAUUGGUUCGGUCUUUUACUGAGUUUAGGUAUUGAUUGCAAACUGUCGAAUUUUUUAUUAUUGCAGCUUUAAGAGUGCUCAAUAGGUGUUUGUUUAGAGGCUAACAUGAGCUUUGUUUCACCAUCACUUGGUUCUGCUGGUGGUAGAUCUGCUAGAAGAGCAUUUGAGUUUGGAAGAACCUAUGUUGUUAGACCUAAAGGUAAACAUCAAGCAACUAUAGUUUGGUUGCAUGGCCUCGGGGAUAAUGGCUCCAGUUGGUCCCAGCUAUUAGAGACCCUUCCCCUUCCAAAUAUUAAGUGGAUAUGUCCAACUGCUCCUACUCAGCCAAUAUCAAUAUUUGGCGGUUUUCCAUCUACUGCUUGGUUUGAUGUUGGAGAGCUUUCAGAAGAUGCCCCUGAUGAUCUAGAAGGUUUGGAUGCUGCAGCUACACACGUUGCAAAUCUUUUGUCUACAGAACCAACAGACAUUAAGCUUGGUGUUGGAGGGUUCAGCAUGGGAGCAGCUACUGCCCUGUAUUCAGCAUCCUGCUUUACUGCUGGAAAAUAUGGCAAUGGCAACCCUUAUCCAGCCAACCUAAGUGCAGCUGUUGGAUUAAGUGGCUGGCUUCCAUGCUCAAAGACCUUGAGCAACAAGUUACAAGGGGUAGAUGAAGCUACAAGGCGUGCUCAAUCCUUUCCUAUUUUGCUUUGUCAUGGAAAAGGUGAUGAUGUGGUUCCCUAUAAAUUUGGUGAGAAAUCAUCAAAGUGCUUAAGUUCAAAUGGAUUUCAGGAUGUCACUUUUAAACCUUAUAAUGGGCUUGGACACUACACAAUUCCAGAAGAGAUGGACGAGGUCUGUGCUUGGCUAACGUCGAAAUUGGGCCUUGAGGGGAAUCCUGCCUAGUUAGCAAGGAAAGGAGUCAAGAUUUGAAAAAUAAUUCUUUCCCGUUUUUGGUCCAUUGUAAUUUUAUGUCGUGCCAGAUUUGUUUAAGAGUUCUGUUGUUGAUAUAUCCAUAUCCAUAACCCAUUUGUAAACAUAUUGGCCCAAAGGCAUCUUUACGACAAUGUACUAUACUAAUGAUACAAGCUUGGGUGGCCCUUAAGCAUGGUGAUGGAUUAUUGC